GGAAAUCCAUGAACGAUGAGGCGGGGCAAGAAAACGUCGGUUCCGGCGAGCUCGGUGGUAGUGCCCGCCUUGCGGUCUCGACCCGCCACUAGAAAGCCGGAAGCGCCUGCUAACACUUCCCCCGUUCGCUCUUCUGCUGCGGGGGGCGCCAAUUCUCUGCGCGAUCCCUUUCAGGCUGCGCGGCCCGAGAGCAAGCCCUCGUCCGCCAGGCUUCACGGGCCCUUGUCGGACUCCGACUCGGCUCCCGCUGUGGGCUCAGAGACCAGCGAAGCCCAAGAGUCGCCGCCUCCUCCCCCCAUCCAAAACAGCGUCGAGAGCGGCCGGUGCGUUCAGGCUGCGCGGCCCGAGAGCAAGCCCUCGUCCGCCAGGCUUCACGGGCCCUUGCCAGACUCCGACUCGGCUCCCCCCGUCGGCUCCGAGAUCAGCGAAGCCCCAGAGUCGCCUCCCGCUGUCGGGCCAGAGACCAACGAAACCGAAGAGUCGCCUCCUCCUCCGCCCCCCAUCCAAAACAGCGUCGAGAGCGGCCAGUGCGCUCGAGGCUUGGCUUUGGAACUGGACAAAAUGUUCAACAUAUUCCAGUCCAUUCCUACGCAGAUGGACUACAAAGGCCAAAAGUUAGCAGAACAGAUUUUCCAAGGAAUCAUCCUUGUGUCUGCUGUAAUCGGUUUCAUUUAUGGAUACAUCACUGAACAGUUUGGCUGGACAGUUUACAUAGUAAUGGCUGGAUUUGCUUUGUCAUGCCUGCUAACACUCCCUCCGUGGCCCAUAUACCGUCGCAACCCUCUGAAGUGGUUACCUGUCCAGGAACCCGCAACAGAUGAUAAGAAGCCAGCAGACAGAAAAGUAAAAAGGCACUCUAAAAACUGAAGCUGUCCUGUAUAAUUUUUGGCCAUUAAAUUUGUUUUGAUGUGAAUUACUUGCUUUGCACUCCUCUGAUUUAUUUAAAUAUUUGACUGCAUUUUAAAUUUGGUUGUGCAUACAUGGUUUGAGAGUGACACUUCAUCAGUGCUGUGCUAAGUAGCUGGAAAAGUAACAGUUGACUAGACUCAGGCUCAAACAGUCAUUUGAGGUGUUUUAAUGUGCACUGUCCCCAUAAAAAGGUCUCUAAAAUUAUCAUGUUAGGUAACAGAUUUGAAGUGUUCAACUUUUUCAUCCUAUCAAGUUCUGGGAGCAAUUUUAGGCUUUAAUUUACUCUUGUAAGAAUGAAAUAUAGUCACCACAUGUCGUUGUCUGUACUUCUUUUGAGGUGACAAUCUGCCAGUACCAGGUACAAGUCAUGUACCAGGUACAAGUUACCCAAAGGUUUGUUUUCUGCUUUACCUUAUCUUUCAUGACUUAAUUUGAUUUUCUGCUUCUGUUCUAUCUCUGGUGAGAGUUACUUCAGUAAUGAAUGCUACUACACUUGAAGCUUUAUUCUUCAGUCUUGAUGUGUGGUAAAAAGCAAUCCGUGUA